AAAUCCCAGUCUUAUUAUUUGGCUCAGCCCUUCGCCGCGUAGCAAUUCUUCAGGCUCGAGCAAUUGAAGCUCCAGUCACUUCCCAUGCUCACCCAACACUUCUCUUCACCCAUCGCGCCGCUUCGCUUGAGCUAGUCGCGUCGCGUCCUCAACUCGCGUUUCGGUCCAUUUCACGCGCGUCCCUCACAUCACUAUGGCGGAACCCGAGGUCAGAAUAAACGACACGCCCGCCGAGGGCACCCCGGCCGGCGACGUCGAAAUGGGCGGCUCGGAAGAGACGCCUGCACGCGAGAACACCGAGACGGCGGAGCCGGCGGGUGCAGGUGAGGGCGAGGAGCCCGUCGCCGAAAUGGCGGAUAUUGAGCCCGAGGCGCCGAAGAGGGAGACUUUCUUGGAAUUCUUGAAGUCGCCGAUUAUCGAGCUGUUGGUCGGCAAGGGCGAGGAGCAGACGCUUCUUACGGCGCAUCAGGCGCUGCUUGUCAAGUCGCCGUACUUUGAGACGGAGUGUGCCAAGUUCGAGGAUGGCGACGAUACUAAGCGCCGCAUUGAACUGCCCGACGAAGACCUCGACGCGACCGGCUCCCUCCUCGAAUACCUCUACCACGGCGAAUACUUCCCGAAGCGGACCUCCGACCACAAAGACGCGGCGCUGGAGCAAGACCCGACGAUCCCGACGCCGGACGAGCAAGGCGUGGGCCUGCUCAAGCACGCGCGCGUAUACAACCUGGCGGACAAGUUCGGGCUGCCGGCGCUCAAGUCGCUCGCGCACACCAAGAUCCACCGCACGCAAUCGACGGCCAAGGGCGAGAUCGCGUACGCGCGCUACGUCUACGCCGAGACCAGCCCCGAGGACACGACGAUCCGGCGCCCCGUGGCCGCGUUCUGGGCGCACCGCUCCCACGUCCUGCGCCACGAGGCCGAGGCCGAGUUCCGCGCCAUGUGUCUGCAGUACCCCCAGUUUGGCUUCGACGUGCUGUCGCUGGUGCUUGAUGCCAAGGAGAAGCGCGCCCGCCCCGAGGACCCCACCCCCACCAGCAGCCAGAGCGUGCCGGGUGAGCGCAGCGCCAGGAAGAGAGCUAGGGCUGAGGUCCGGAUAUGAUCGGUCGGUCGCGUCCGCUUGACCUCGUUUCGUUUUUCGAGUUGGUGUAGAAGGCUGCGCGAGUGGAGAGAUGGAUCUUUGAUAGGCUCGUUGAUAUGGCCGCUUGGCUAUGCGGAGAGCUUUUGAGAGUUGAAAUGGAUAUACCGGGCCGCACGGGAAGACCUUUUUACUGGUCCUUUUCGCGCUGCUCUGUCCAGUAUAUUCCGCUAUCAAAGGGGGGAAUAAUAGGCGUAGGCGUAGGUGCCGGCGUAAUUAGGCGCAGACGUAUCCGCGCGUUAGCAGCAAACAUAUCAAAAGCGGUUU